AUGGCGGAACUAGGCGAGGGGAUGGAAAGGAGAAAGAAAAUGUCCAUCAGGCAGUCGGAAAUACAGUUCAAAAAGUUGGACGAACUAAAAGGCGAACUGGAGAUGGACGAGCACCAAAUACCUCUCCAGGAACUGUUUCAAAGGCUAGAGCUGGCCAAUCCAGAAAAUGGACUGACUAACGAACAGGCUGCAGAAUUUCUAAUCAAGUAUGGCUAUAACGAACUAACGCCUCCAAAAACCACGCCGGAGUGGGUCAAGUUUCUCAAGACUAUGUUUACUGGCUUCUCCCUGCUGCUGUGGCUGGGCGCUGGGCUCUGUUACAUCGCCUACGGGAUCUCUCUUCUCGAAGUCGAGGGCGGAGAGAAAGACAAUCUGUGGCUGGGGAUCGUGUUGAUGUCGGUGGUAAUCAUCACCAGUGUCUUCACAUAUUAUCAGGAGUCCAAGAGCUCUUCAAUCAUGGAGUCCUUCAAAAACCUUGUUCCACAGCAUGCAGUUGUGGUCCGUGGGGGAGAGAUCCUAAACAUCAACGCUAGAGAGGUGGUCAAAGGCGAUGUUGUCAAGGUGAAGUUCGGGGACAGCAUCCCUGCCGAUAUUAGGAUCAUCCAAUGUCACGGGUUCAAGGUCGACAACUCAUCGCUGACCGGUGAGUCGGAGCCCCAGUCCCGACUGCCGGAGUUCACUCACCCAAAUCCGCUGGAGACGAAAAACUUGGCUUUUUUCUCCACAAGCGCUGUUGAAGGUACGGCAACGGGUGUGGUGAUACUGACAGGAGACAAUUCCGUCAUGGGUCGAAUUGCCGGGUUGGCCUCGGGCCUGGAGGCGGGCGAGACGCCAAUCGCCAAAGAGAUUUCUCAUUUCAUUCAUUUGAUAACCGGUGUGGCCGUAUUUCUGGGCGUGUCUUUUGGCGUGGUCGCGUUUGCUCUGGGAUACACUUGGAUCAAAGCUAUCGUGUUUUUUAUUGGGAUCAUUGUGGCCAAUGUACCGGAAGGACUUCUGGCAACUGUCACGGUGUGUUUAACCUUGACCGCUAAACGUAUGGCCAAGAAGAACUGCCUGGUGAAGAACCUGGAAGCCGUGGAGACUCUGGGUUCAACGUCCACCAUCUGCUCAGACAAGACAGGCACGCUCACCCAGAACAGGAUGACUGUGGCACACAUGUGGUUCAACAACGAGAUAUACGAAGCAGACACGACCGAGGACCAAUCAGCUAACAUGUUCGCUCGUUCAAGCAAAACACCCAGGGGUCUCUCCCUCUGUCCUAUACGACCCUUGAAAAAGUGUAACGGGGAUGCCUCGGAGGUUGCCUUGUUGAAGUGCGCAGAAACCACGGUGGGAAAUAUCAGUGCGCUGCAGAAAGAAAACCCAAAACUCGUGGAGAUUCCCUUUAAUUCUGCGAAUAAAUACCAGGUCUCUAUCCACAAAACUAGCGACCCAAAGGAUGAUUUCUUGCUGAUGGUGAUGAAAGGAGCCCCGGAACGGAUCCUUGAGCGGUGUCGCACCUACCUAAAGAGAGGGGAAGAAUAUGAAAUCAACUCCAGAUUUUUGGAUGAUUUCGACAAGGCCUAUCUGGACCUAGGAGGCCGCGGGGAGAGAGUCUUGGGAUUCGCCGAUCUCAAGCUGAAGAAAGCCAUGUACCCGGAAAGCUACCCCUUUAACGCGGACGACCCCAAUUUCCCACUGAUGGGUCUUCGAUUUCUGGGACUUAUGUCCAUGAUUGACCCCCCUCGGGCCGCAGUUCCAGACGCAGUCGCCAAAUGUCGUAGUGCGGGGAUUAAGGUGAUAAUGGUGACUGGGGAUCACCCAAUAACAGCGCAUGCUAUCGCCAAAGGGGUCGGUAUCAUCACACCAAACUGUUACACCGUGGAAGAGGUGGCCACCCUCAGAGGGAUCGCUGUUGAGGAUGUUAACCCAGACGAAGCCCGGGCUAUUGUUGUCCAAGGAGAGAAACUGAAGAAUUACUCACCGGAAGACCUCGACCAAGUUCUCAGACACCACUAUGAGAUUGUCUUCGCUCGGACUUCGCCUCAGCAGAAACUGAUCAUCGUGGAGGGAUGUCAACGGACAGGUGCCAUCGUUGCUGUGACCGGUGACGGGGUCAAUGAUUCGCCAGCGCUCAAACAAGCAGAUAUCGGGGUUGCCAUGGGGAUAGCCGGCAGUGACGUCAGCAAGCAGGCUGCAGACAUGAUCCUUCUCGAUGACAACUUUGCAUCCAUUGUCAUGGGAGUGGAGGAGGGUCGACUGAUCUUUGACAACCUAAAGAAAUCAAUCGCCUACACCCUAACUUCAAAUAUCCCGGAAAUCAGCCCGUUCUUGAUUUACAUUACUAUGUCCGUACCCCUUCCCCUGGGCGUGGUCACCAUCUUGUUCAUUGACCUUGGCACCGAUAUGUAUCCGGCCAUUUCAUUGGCUUAUGAAUCCUCGGAGCUGGACAUUAUGAAAAGACGACCCCGGAACGCCAAAACGGAUAAACUUGUCAAUCAGAGGCUGAUCUCCAUCGCCUACGGGAUGAUUGGAAUGUUCCAAGCUCUGGCCGGCUUCUUCAUCUACAUCGUCAUCAUGGCGGAGAACGGGUUCUGGGCCUGCGACCUGCUCAACAUCCGCGAGAGAUGGGACUCCAAGGCGGUCAACAGCCUGGCCGAUUCCUACGGCCAGGAGUGGACCUACUAUCAACGUAAACGACUGGAGCAGACCUGCCACACGGCUUUCUUCAUCAGCAUCGUUGUGGUCCAGUGGGCCGACCUGAUCAUCAGCAAAACCCGGAGACUGUCUCUCUUUACACAUGGCAUGAAGAACUGGGUACUGAACUCUGCCAUAGUCUUUGAGACAGUGAUGGCUGCAGCCAUCGCUUAUCUGCCCUUUAUGAGCCAGCUCAAUGUUCAAUAUGUCAGGCCCAUUUACUGGCUAUACCCAAUGCUGUACUGUGCGUUUCUCUGGAUGGCAGACGAGAUGCGGCGCUACAUUUUACGGAUGCACCCCCAAGGAUUUGUCGAGCGAGAGACCUACUAUUAG